AUGGGGUCCAGCAUCUUUUUGCUCCUGUGUGUUAUUGGGCUCAGCCACGCAUCCACGGAGAAGAUUUACAACGGCACGGAGUGUGUCCCCCACUCGCAGCCUUGGCAGGUGGGGCUGUUUGAGGGGACCAGCCUGCGCUGUGGGGGGGUCCUCAUUGAUCGCAGGUGGGUCCUCACGGCUGCUCACUGCAGCGGCAGCAGGUACUGGGUGCGCCUGGGGGAACACAGCCUCAGCCGUCUGGACUGGACGGAACAGAUCCGGCGCAGCGGCUUCUCCGUGACCCACCCCAGCUACCAGGGAACCCUGCAGAGCCACGACCACGACCUGCGGCUUCUGCGGCUGGGCACCCCGGUCAUCCUGACCCGCAGCGUCCAGCCCCUGGCCCUGCCCACCUCCUGUGCAGCGGCCGGCACCAAGUGCCACAUCUCGGGCUGGGGCACCACCAGCCAUCCGUGGAACCCAUUCCCAGACCGGCUCCAAUGCCUCAACAUCUCCAUCGUCCCCAGUGCCACCUGCCAAGCCGUGUUCCCUGGGAGAAUCACAGACAACAUGGUGUGCGCAGGUGGCAUCGCCGGACAGGAUGCUUGCCAGGGUGACUCCGGGGGACCCCUGGUGUGCGGAGGAGUCCUUCAGGGGCUGGUGUCCUGGGGGUCCGUGGGGCCUUGUGGACAAGAAGGCAUCCCAGGAGUCUACACCAAUAUUUGCAAAUAUGUGAACUGGAUUCAGGGGGUCAUGAAGAACAACUGACCGGCGUCUUCACCUCCGCCCCUUGGCUCGGGGGCUCUUCUGACCCCCAGAGCUCCAACACCCGCUCCGUCACCAUCCCCAGCUCCCACUCUUCCUGGCCUGGGGAUCUUCU